AGGCCCAAAGGUUCAGCCUUUCAAGGGUCUCACGAAGAAUUAAGGAAGCGCUGAAUCCCAAUUUCCAAAUUUCACCCGAAAUUGAAGAAUCACUCAAUCGAUCAUUCACUCCGAUGGAGGUGCCGGGUUCUUCAAAGAAGAUGAUAGCUACACAGGAAGAGAUGGUGGAGGCCAAGGUGCCAAUACCGUACAGAGACCAAUGCGCCCAUUUGCUGAUCCCACUGAACAAGUGCAGGCAGGCCGAGUUCUAUUUGCCCUGGAAGUGUGAGUCGGAGCGCCACACCUAUGAAAAGUGCGAGUAUGAGCUUGUUAUGGAGAGAAUGCUCCAGAUGCAGAAGAUUCGAGAGCAAGAAGCCAAGAUGAAGGGCUCUCAGAAAGGCCAGUUGCCCAUUCCUCUUAUCCCCAAAACAGCCGAUGCUUGACUCUGAAAGGGUUGCUUUUCUCUUCAGGAAGAAGCUAAACUGUGGGAAGUGGUAGUCAUUGGAGGACUUAAUUUGAAAUUGUUUUGGUAUUAUGUAAACAUGAUACUAGACUACUCUGAAUUUUCCCUGGUAAUUUAGUUCUAAAUAAAUUUUACAUAUUUGAUGUCUAUUUUACAAAUGUUUUCUGAGGUUUUUGAUUAUUCACAAGUGAUUAUUAGUUCAACUUUUAUGUAAGUUUAUGAUAAAUUUGUAACUU